CAAGAGUUUCUUGGGCAAGAUUCAAACUGGAAGACGCAGGCAUCGACGAUAAACGGUUGCUGCAAAGUUAACAACACUCGAGUCACAUCGACUGUACCUUAUCUCACGCCACCAAAAAGACUCACUACACUUUUACAUCUUGGGCAUCCAUCACUCGGAUACAGUCGAACCCUCACAUCAUAAUGGCCAACGAGGUGGACUAUGGCUUCGACGGCCUCAUGGACGAUCCGGAGGAUUACUACCCCCCUACGCCGCCGCCUACGUCCCAAGUUUUCACAAUGCAGAACGGCAAGCCCAUAACGCUGCAUCUCGUCGGUGCCAGCCCAACAGAGGCUCACCAUCUCUGGAACGGUGCAAAGAUGAUCGCCGACUUCUUCGAGGAUGAUCCUACUCGCGUCCGUAACAAGACGGUCCUCGAGCUAGGAGCCGCUGCUGGUUUGCCCAGUCUGGUUGCUGCCAUCCUCGGCGCUCGCAAGGUCGUCGUGACUGAUUUCCCGGACCCGGACAUCAUCAAGAUCAUGCAGAAAAACAUCGACGAGUGUGAUGAGACGGUCGAGCCCAAGGGACACAUCGCUGAUGUCGUCGAUGCUGCUGGGUUCGUCUGGGGCGCUGAUCCCAUUCCUCUACUCGCUCACCUCAACCCAACCCAGCCAGAAGAACCCAAAGAACGGUUCGACAUUCUCAUCCUGGCAGAUCUUCUCUUUCGACACAGCGAGCAUGGUGCUCUAAUCAAGACGAUCCGAGAGACAAUGCGGAAAUCGCGCGAUAGCGUUGCCUAUGUCUUUUUCACAUCGUAUCGACCAUGGAAGAAGGAGGCUGAUGAGCGCUUCUUCGAUAUCGCGCGUGAGCAGGGCUUUGAGGUGGAACAGAUUGCCGAGCGCCGCCUGGAUAAGCCGCUGUUCGAGAACGACCCUGGUGACCUGGAGGUGCAGAAGACGGUGAGGGGAUUUGCUGUCAAGUGGUCUGCCGAGGCCAAGGGUCCUCAUCGUCCGAUAAACCCCAGAUCUCAUCACUCUGGUCAUAGCUCUCCCCCUUGGACCGAGCUACUGCUGCUGCUGCUCCUCCUGCAAGCCACGAGGCGAGGCUCAGAGAUUUGCCCUAUAUCAUCGGCCCGCGGGUCUCAGACAGACAGUCACCUCCAACCCUCGCCAUAUCUUGACCAACUGAACCAGGAUGGCUUCGUCGUCAUCAAGUCCAUUGUCGACAAGGACAAGCUUGACGCUCUGCGCGAGGCCAGCACCAAGGCCGCCGACUUGGCGCGCGGCGGGGGAUGGCCGCACGUCCGGACCGUGGGCAAGCAGUUCCCCCCGUGGGAUGCCAGCCAGGCUCGCGAGCACGGAAUCUGGGGCGUCCAGCACCUUAUGAAGCCCGACCUACCAGGUCACGAGCUCUUCACCGAGCUGUACUUUUCCGACGCCGUCAUCGGAAUCGUCAGGCAGCUGCUCCAGUGCGAGGAUGACCAGCUCAUCAUGGAGCUCUUCAACAUGCUGGUGAGACCCGACAAGGACUUUGAGUUGAGGUGGCAUCGCGAUGACAUCCCGGCCGAGGCUAUGCCCCAAGAGGAGAUGGAGCGGCUUGGGAAGCACGCGUAUCACGCCCAGUACAACUUUGCCCUGUGGGAGGAUGAUUCCCUGAUCGUCGUGCCCGGCUCUCACAGGCGCGCCAGGACAGACGUCGAGCGGGACGCCGAUCCCUUUGCCAAGUCACUGCCAGGCCAGCUUAUCGUCAAAUUACAGCCUGGCGACAUUGUCUUUUACAACAACAACAUCCUGCACCGUGGCGUAUAUAGCAGCAGUAAAGAACGCAUGACACUACACGGUUCCGUGGGACAUGUACAGGGCAGCACUCUGCGGGCGAGAAACGUCUUGCAGCACGGGGUUGGCAGCUGGGUCGACAAGUGUGCCUUUGGGCCGCUCGAGGACGCCCAGAGGCGGAGGGCAGAGGGCAUGAGACAACGCCUGGUCCGCCUGGGCAGCGAGAGCGGUCAGGUUGGUUUCUCGCUUCAGGGUUGA